AUGCCUCACGAAACAAGCAACCGAUUGACUGCAGCCAUGUCGAUUUUGAAUCGACCCGCACGCUCGGUCGAAUGGCCAAAGACGGGAGACCGUCACUCAUACCUAUCUGAGAUCUUUGGUUCCAAUGUAUUUCCCAUGGAGUACUUGCAAUCCAAUCUUCCUCGAGUUGUAUUCGACCGUUUCGUGGAUCAAGUCAAUGGUCAUCAAGCUAUUGACAAGGCUACCGCCAAUGCCGUUGCCGAAAAGGUCUGCAAGUGGGCAAUGGACAAGGGUGCCACGCACUUUACUCAUUCAUUCCAACCUCAAACUGGUCUUACUGCUGAGAAACAUGACAAUUUCUUGGAUUUGAGGAAGAGUGACAACUUGGGUCUUGAUCAAUGGAAGCCCAUUGAUCGACUCUCUGGAUCUCAACUCAUCCAGUCCGAACCUGAUGCAUCUUCCUUCCCUAACGGUGGUAUGAGAAGCACUUUUGAAGCUCGUGGAUACACCAUCUGGGACACUGGCAGUCCAAUGUACUUGCGAAAUGGUCCAUAUGAUACCAAGGUCUUGAUCAUCCCUGCCGUCUUUAUCGGAUAUAAUGGUGAAGCAUUGGAUGAAAAGACCAUCUUGCUUCGAUCUUCAGAUGCCUUGAAUGUCGCAGCCACAAAGCUCUUGCACUUGAUUGGUGACAAGGACGUAAAAUACGUCGGCACCACAUUGGGUACCGAACAGGAAUACUUCCUCAUCGACCGUAGUGUAUACCAGAUGCGUCCUGAUCUCAAAAUCACUGGUCGUACUCUGAUUGGUACCGUCCCACCCAAACAUCAACAAUUGGAAGACCACUACUUUGGUGCUAUCCCUUCUCGUGUCUUGGCUACCAUGGCUGAAGCAGAGUUGGAAUUAUUCAAGCUGGGUGUCCCUGUAAAAACUCGUCACAAUGAAGUAGCACCAAAUCAAUUCGAGUUGGCACCCAUCUUUGAAGAGGCUUCCUUGGCUGUCGACCACAACUUGUUGACUAUGGAAACAUUGCAUCAAGUUGCUCAUCGUCAUGGGCUCAAGGUCUUGUUCCAUGAAAAGCCAUUCAAAGGUGUCAAUGGAAGUGGUAAACACUGUAACUGGUCCAUGGCUACUAGCACUGGCGUCAACUUGCUUGAUCCUACGUUGAAGCCUGAAACCAACUACCGCUUCCUGCUCUUCUUGGUUGCUACAUUGGAUGCUGUAUACAAACACGGUGGCUUACUUCGAUGUGGUAUUGCUUCUGCAUCCAACGAACAUCGUCUAGGUGCCAACGAAGCUCCUCCUGGUAUUGUCUCUGCCUUCUUGGGUGCCCACUUGUCUGAAGUAUUAGAUGCUAUUGAAGAAGGUCGACCAGUCAACAUGGCUACUCAACCUCACAACGCAUCAGUCAAGGUUGGCGGUACCAUCCUAAAUCUCAGUAUCUCUACUCUACCUGAGAUUGCUCGUGACUUGACUGACCGUAAUCGUACUUCAUCUUUUGCCUUCACUGGCAACAAGUUUGAAUUCCGAGCUGUCGGAUCUAAACAAUCUCCAUCUUUCCCAAUGGCUAUAUUGAAUGCUGCUGUAUCUCGAUCCAUUACUGAAGUCACUGAAGCAUUGACCAAACAAAUGGGUAGUAAAGCUACAGCAUCUACUGAAGACAUUAUGGCUGUAGUCAAAACAUAUAUUCAGUCAACAAAGAACAUUCGAUUUGAAGGCAACGGAUACUCAAAUGAAUGGGUCGUUGAAGCUGAAAAGCGGGGUUUGCCCAACAUCAAAGCUUGCCCAGUGGCAUUCCGACAAUUGCUUGACCCUAAGCAUGUCAAACUCUUGACUAGAUUGGGUAUCUUGAGCGAGGCUGAAAUCAAGUCUCGAUUCCACAUCUUGAUGGAAAAGUAUGCCAAGGAUUUGUUGAUUGAAGGCAACACUUUGAAGUCUAUGGUUGCUCAAGGUGUCUUGCCUUCCGCCUUUGCUUAUCGCAUGAACUUGUCUACUACUGUUGCCAAUCUCAAGUCAGCAGGUUUGGAUGUAUCUUCAGCCCCUGAAGUCCGUAUCCUCAAAGAGGUUGCGGUCUUGGCAAAUGAGCUCCAAGCUUCUCAGGACAAACUGAUUGCCCUGUUGGACAAGAUCCAUGCCAAUGAUGAUCCUGAACAUCAAGCUGAUCUCUGCAGUCAGCAAUUGACUGGAUUGAUGGAUGAAAUCCGUGACAAGGUUGACAAUCUUGAAAACAUUGUCGCCGAUCAACACUGGAUCUACCCCAAAUACUCUGAACUUCUCUUCUAA